CUGCCCAGGAACCCGCUUUUCCCAAGAGGAGAGAAUGGCUGCCGGGUACCUGCCCCGCUGGUCCCAGGAAUUAGUAACCUUUGAGGACGUGUCCGUGGACUUCUCCCAGGAGGAAUGGGAGUUGCUGGAGCCUGCUCAGAAGAACCUGUACAGAGAGGUGAUGCUGGAGAACUAUAGGAACGUGGUCUCCUUGGAGGCCUUGAAGAACCAGUGUACUGAUGCGGGGAUUAAGAAGGGUUCACUUCCCCCAGCACAAACCCCACAAGUCACUAGUCUUUCCUCAUGGAUGGGGUAUGUACUUCUUCAACCAGCGGCUUCUUCCCACUUGGAGCAAAGAGAAGCCCUGUGGAUGGAGGAGAAAGGGACUCCUCGAGCCUCCUGUGCAGAUUGCAUGACUGUACUAAGAAACCAAGACUCAACUUACAAGAAGGCGGCUUUGCAGGAGGAACCAGCCAGUGGUUCAAAGAUGAUAAAGCUUAUCAGAGAAGACAGGGGAUGGAAGCAAUUAGAAGAGAGCCGUGAAGACCCCCGGGGACUUCUGAGCCAAAAGCCAUCCCUCCACGUAGUGGCCAUGCCUCAGGAGAAGGCUACUGCAUGGCACGGAUUUGGGGAAAAUGGUAAUCUGAGCCCAGCCCUUGUUUCAUCACAGGGAAGCUCUAGAGGGAAUCACUUGUGUGGCAGUGAGCUAGAUACUACAAGCUUGGCAUCCGAUUCCAUCUUAAACCACCAUCAGGUGGGAUACGCCGAUCGGAGACCCUGUGAAAGUAAUGAAUGCGGAAAUGCCAUCAGCCAGAACAGUCACUUUAUUCCACACGCAGGGAAAAUGUUUGUGUAUUUGGAAAACGGGCAGUCACUGAACCACGGGAUGGCCCUGACCGUCCACAACAAAAUCAACACGGCAGAGAAACCCUUUGAGUGCCAGCAGUGUGGGAAGGUGUUCAACCGGAGGCAUUCUUUGAGCGAACAUCAAAGAAUUCACACGGGAGAGAAACCCUACGAGUGUCAGGAGUGUGGGCGAGCCUUUACGCACAGCUCCACCCUCACGCGCCAUCUGAGGACUCAUACUGGAGAGAAGCCCUACGCGUGCGGCGAGUGCGGGAAAGCCUUCAACAGGAUCUCAUCUCUGACUCAGCAUCAGAGGAUUCACACGGGGGAAAAGCCCUAUAAAUGUGAAGACUGUGGGAAAUCCUUCUGCCAGAGUUCCUACCUGAUCUUGCACAGGAGGACGCACACCGGAGAGAAGCCCUACGAAUGCAGUGAAUGUGGAAAGGCCUUUAGCGACCGCUCCUCUCUCAACCAGCACGAGCGGACUCACACGGGCGAGAACCCCUAUGAAUGUAAGCAGUGUGGGAGAGCCUUCAGCCAGAGGUCUUCCCUGGUGAGGCACGAGAGAACUCACACUGGAGAGAAACCCUACAGGUGUCAGGAAUGUGGAAAAGCCUUCAGCCAGAGCUCGUCCCUUGUCACACAUCAGAAAACUCACAGCAGCCAGAAAACCUACAAAAUCAUUGACUGUGGGAAAGCGUUCUACCAGAACAGACAUCUCAUUGGAUGUUAGCGAUUGCAUGCUGCUUUGUGAACCCCUUUUUAGUACUCUGACACAUACCUGUGGUUAUACUUU